GCUCAUCUCAUCCAUAUUUCUCCAUUGCCAUUCACGUUCUUCUAAGUUCUCAGAGGAAUCAACCCCUACCGUUUCAAGGAUCGAGCACGUAUAAACUACGAGCAAGCAUCUCUAAAAUUUGUUGUCUCGCCGCCAUGAUUUCGAGGUCUCCCAGCCUCUUCCAGAUCGACGACGGAGAGGCCCAGGAUCAGGAUCAGGCGGGGACGCCAACAAUGGCGACCGCCGGGGAGCUCGUCGGGCUCCGGCUGAUCAUACAGCCCUCGCCGAGGCGACAACAACGGCCGGCGCUGGCCGUCCUCAGGAGGUCUUCGGUGAGGUCCCCGGCUGCCGACCUCCAGGAGAACAGCGGCUGCCGGCCGUUCGUGGGCCUUGAGUUCUUGAAGUGCUGCCUCUGCUGCUGCAAGAAGAUCGACGGCGACAUGGACGUCUUCGUGUACAAGGGAGAGCAAGCCUUCUGCAGCGCCGAGUGCCGGUGUCAGCAGAUGGCCAGGGAGGAGAGGCGGGAGAUCGAGAUCCUGGUCAGGAAGCGGCGUGACGCGUUCCACAGCCGCCGUGCAGCACCGGGCAAGACGAUCGGAGGACCGGACCGCCACGCGAGGGUGCAAAUCUCAAGUUUUUGCUAGUUGAUUACUGUAGAUCUUACCGUACUUGCAGGGAGAGACUAAAGAGGAUUAGAUGGGACAAAUUUGAAGUCCCGGAUUUAUUGUAGUAUAUAUCAUCAUCGUCCAGCCAUUGCAGAUGGCCAAAAUCUCAAGUUUUUUGGUUGUGGAGUACCAGUUAACCAGAAAGGAUUGCAAGUUGUUGUUCCAAAAAAAAAAGAGAGAAAGGAUUGCAAGUUA